AUGCGAUCCUCUAUCUCUUUUCUCGCUCUUAUUCCCCUCCUGACUUCCAUCUCCGCCUCACCCCUCAAAGCUCGACAAGAAGUCAUCGGCGUCUCGUCUCCCGGUGCUGAAGCUGGUAGUGCAACCGCUACCGAAUCAGGUGUGACGGCUUCCUCUUCAGCAGCUGCCGAAGCGGGUACACCAGCUGCUGACGCCAGUGCUACAUUCGCUGCCGAAUCAUCCAGUGCAUCCGAUACUGCUGCUUCAGCUUCUUCUACCAAUAGCCCCGCUGUGGCUGCUGCUACGGCUGGUAGUACCGCAGAUACUUCCAAUGAUCUGACGGUAGUCAAGUUCGCCGCUUUGGCUGAAUCACUCGAAAAGACAUUCUACGAGACCGCCUUGAGCAAAUUCGAUGCUCAGGCUUUUACAGACGCUGGAUUUGUCGAUGGUCAAGGUAUCUUUGAUCAAUUACAGGUAAUUGCCACAGAUGAAGCUACUCAUCUAACGGUCCUCCAAUCCGUCGCUCAAUCUCUCGGAAGCUCAACAUCCGACGUGGAUAGUUGCACUUUCAAUUUCGAUAGUGCUCUAACGGAUGUAACGACUUUAUUGGCUACUGCGAGGGUAUUAGAGUUUGUAGGGAUUGAUGCGUAUAUCGGCGGUACCACUUUGAUAGGUGAUAAAUCGCUUCAGGUGUCUGCCGCUGAGAUAACGACUGUUGAAGCUAGACACAACACCGUUCUGAAUACUUUGAAUGGCGGAUCAUCGGUCCCUAACGCAUUCGAUAUGGUUUUAACCCCUCAACAAGUAUUAAGCGUCGCUGCGCCAUUCGUUUCCGGUGGUUGUGAUCCAGUUGCCGCAUUGGGUUUGACUCCCACUCCAGCAUUGGUUAUAACCAACACCGACGUCCCUCAACCCGGUACUCUCCUUACAUUUGGAGGAGCAGGUCUAGAUGGGAAAGACCAAGCUGGUUUGUUCUGUAAUAUGAUAGUUGGAGGAGCAACCGAGUCAAUCAAUUUACCUAUUGCGGAAUGUAAGGUUCCAGAUGGGCUGGAUGGUGCAGUCCACUUGUUUAUUACUAGUUCUUCUACACCACUAAGCUCAAAUAUCGUUAAUCAAGAUGCAAAUGCAAUUGUAGCUGGUCCAGCGAUCGCUUUUAUCGAUACAAUUGCCAACCCUCAGUCUCAGUUGUUGCUCGGUACCAAUAUUAACUCGAACGCAGCUGCGACGAACGGCAGUAGCGGUACAGGAAAGAAAAAGAUUGUCAUCACUCAAACCAUCAUAGAAGAGGACAUAGUGUGA